AUGCUGCCCAACUGCACCAGGAAAAUGGGCACAGGGGAUUAUCUCUGCAUUGCUAUGAGCGGAGGGGCGCCAUGGGGCUUCAGGCUGCAAGGUGGCAAGGAACAGAAGCAGCCUUUGCAAAUCGCCAAGGUUCGCAGCAAAAGCAAAGCAGCCAAGGCUGGACUGUGUGAGGGGGAUGAAGUGGUGUCUAUCAAUGGCAAGCCUUGUGGAGACCUAACCUAUGCUGAAGUCAUUGUUCUGAUGGAAAGCCUGACUGACGUCCUGCAGAUGCUUAUCAAGAGAUCCUCCAGUGGAAUAAAUGAAACCUUGAAUGCUGAAAGAGAAAAUGGGAACAUAAAAAUUGAGGACUACAGGGAGAACACCACACUGCAAAUGAACACAGCGCAAGAGAUACCCCAUGGAGAUUUAUGCAUCACAGAGAUUUACAGUGGCACUCACCACGGAGCAGCAGAAAGCAACACACACUUUUCUGAAACAAAACAAGAGACCACACAAAGCCACAGAAUUCCUCCUAAAGUGAUAGGCACGCCCAAAGUGAUCGUGACAGACGAGGCUGCUGUCAGUGGGACGACAGAAGAAAGGCCAGGCGCUAUGGUUGAGCUGCAGUUGUCCCUCUCAAAUGACGCACACCAGGCCACCAGCGCUCCUGCUGUGACUCUCUUGGGGACAGAAAAGUGCCCCCCUUCAAGCAGAGGAUCCAGUGCACAACAGGACGAGAGCAGUCCCCUGAUCGCAGUUCCCCUGGGUGUGAAGCAGGGCAACAUCCAGUGGUCAAACAAAGUAGUCCACUUUUCUAGCAGCAAGGAGGUCAAGAGGAUCCAAGGUGCAGCUCCAUCUAUCCCCAGGGUGGAGGUGAUCCUAGACUGCUCAGACAGGGAGAAGGAAGCGUCUGAAAGGGGGUGUGUUGAUUCUCAAGUAGAAGGAGGGCAGUCAGAAGCACCUCCUUCCCUCCUCUCCUUUGCCAUCUCAGCAGAAGCCACAGUGCGGGGAGAAGACAGCAAGCACUCGGAAAAGGAGCACAGACCUCUCAAGCACAGGGCAAGGCACGCAAGGCUCCGACGAAGCGAGAGCCUGUCGGAGAAGCAGGUCAAAGAAGCCAAAUCUAAAUGUAAAAGUAUUGCACUGCUGCUGACGGCAGCUCCCAACCCCAAUUCCAAGGGGGUGUUGAUGUUCAAGAAGCGCCGCCAAAGGGCCAGGAAAUACACUUUAGUCAGCUACGGGACUGGGGAGCUAGAGCGUGACGAGGACGAGGGGGAAGAGGGUGAAGGUGAAGAGGGGGACAAGGAAAACACUUUUGAGGUGAGUUUGCUUGCAACGAGUGAGUCGGAAAUAGAUGAAGAUUUUUUCUCUGACAUUGACAAGGACGGUAAGAUUGUGACGUUUGACUGGGACAGUGGUCUGCUCGAGGUGGAAAAGAAGGCAAAAAGUGGAGAGGAGAUGCAGACGCUCGCAGACAGCACAGGGAAAGGCGCUCUCAUGUUUGCCAAGAGGCGGCAGAGGAUGGAUCAGAUUACAGCGGAGCAAGAGGAGAUGAAGGCAAGCACAGUGCAGACAGAGGAGCACAGGGAAACCACCGUGACAGAGAACUUCCAGAAAGUGAGCUCUUCCGUCUAUCAAUCAAAAGAGGAGGAAACGUCAAGACAGCAGACCUCUGUGAAAAAAAGCUACACAGAUGUGAGCCAGAAUCACAGCAAAGUGGUACAACAAAAUGGCUUUGGCUUAGCACCUGGCACGAGCCUCUCUUUUCAGUCCUCUGGAACUCAAAAGGCAGCAUCUUUGAAUAAAACAGCAAAACCCUUUCCUUCUGGUGUUCAAAACCGAGCAGCUGCACCAUUUUCACCCGUAAGAAAUAUCACCAGUCCCCUUUCAGAUGCAGCAGCACCACCUCCUUACUGCUCUGUCAGCCCACCAGCUGAGGCUUUCUACAGACCUGUCUCAGCUCCUGUGGCCAGCAAGGCUGCUCCACCUGCGUGGGCAGUCCCCGAGCCCACGGAACACAUCGCGUCCAGAGAUGAAAGGAUUGCCGUGCCAGCCAAAAGAACUGGGAUACUGCAGGAGGCAAAGAGAAGAAGCACUUCCAAACCUAUGUUCAAUUUCAAAGACGCACCCAAAGUAAGUCCUAAUCCUGCCCUGCUGUCCCUUGUACACAACGCAGAGGGCAAAAAAGGGACCGGAGCUGGUUUUGAGUCAGGACCUGAAGAAGACUACCUCAGUUUGGGAGCAGAGGCUUGCAACUUCAUGCAGACUCAAGCAUCUAAACAAAAGGCUCCUCCUCCUGUUGCUCCAAAGCCUUCACUCAAGCUGUCUCCUUCUGCUGGUACUCCAGUUUCACCAGUUUGGUCACCUUCAGCUGCAGCUUCCAACAAGCCUCCUUCUUUCCCAGCACCAGCGUCACCUCAGGCAGCGUAUCCUGCACCACCCAAAUCUCCACAGUAUCCUCAUUCUCCCGUCCAUCCCCCAAGCACUCUGGACCUUGCUGGUCCUUUCAAAGGGCCUCAGGCCAGCCUGGCGAGUCCAAACCUUGCCCCCAAGUCAACACCAGUCACCCCAAGCGCUGGAGAAACAAAGCCUCCCUUCGAGAUGCCACCAGCUAUGAGUGGGAAAGGAGCACAGCUGUUUGCCAGGAGGCAUUCCCGAAUGGAGAAGUAUGUAGUGGAUUCAGAGACUGUGCAGGCAAACAUGGCACGAGCCUCAUCUCCAACUCCAUCUUUACCAGCUUCUUGGAAAUAUUCAUCUAAUGUCCGAGCACCUCCACCCGUCGCUUACAAUCCCAUCCACUGCCCCUCUUACCCUCCUGCUGCUACCAAGCCUUCCUCUAAGGCUGCUGCUGCUACCAAGAACACAAAAAGAAAACCUAAGAAAGGUCUCAAUGCUUUGGAUAUUAUGAAACACCAACCUUAUCAACUCGAUCCAUCUUUAUUUACUUUCCAGCCUCCUAAGGAAAGCCUUGCCAUGAAGCAGACACUGAAGCUGCCCACUUCAAAGCAAACGCUGCCUUUACCUACCUACCUUCCACCUGGUGCUGGCUCUCCCACAAGGGCCCGGCCUUCUUCGGUGUACUCCGUGCCAGCCUACGGUUCCCAACCUUCGUUCCCGUCAAAUGCCUCUCUCCCAGGGAAUGAAUCCUAUUCACCCACAGGCUACUCCGCAUUUUCUAAGCCAGAAACCACCACAUCCUCUUUGUUUACUGCUCCGAGGCCAAAAUUUUCAGCCAAGAAAGCUGGAGUCACUGCACAGGGAAGAAGCAGUGGCCGCUCAUUAUCGCUGCCUGGGAGACCUUCCUCAUUCAUUCCUCGAGCCAUGUCUCCAACUUCUCCUCUUGUAUUUCAGCCUGCCCCUGACUACUUCAGCAAGACAGACACAGCAGCUGACAAGCCUGGCAAGAGACUGACUCCCUGGGAAGCAGCAGCCAGAUCUCCCCUUGGCCUGGUUGAUGAAGCUUUUGCCCCCCAAAGCAUGCAGGAAUCCAUUGCUGCUAACGUGGUAUCGGCUGCUCGCAGGAAAACGCUUCCUGAGCCACCGGAUGAAUGGAAACUUAAAGUUUCUUAUGAGCCUCCAGCCCCAAGUGGUAGUGUAGCCUUAAUGGGAGGGAAGCUGUCGGGGCUUCUAUCACCCCAAAAAAGCUCCCUGUCUGCCCCAAGUGCCCCCACCCAGGCUGGCCCUAAGCUGCAGUAUCCCUACUGCACUCAGCGCUCCAUAACGGAUCCUGAUAUAAUGUCCAUGGAUUCCAGGUCUGACUAUUGCCUGUCAACAGCUGAUUCAAACUACAAUCCACAGCCAAGGGGAUGGAGGCGUCCAACAUGA